GGUUGUACCUAUAAUACACACCCACAUCGCAACCUACCCUACAGGCUAUUUCUGGGUGUGAUUUCAUGCACCUGCACAUGAUGAGACAGGAGACCUCUUUGGCUACUUAUAGUAACUGGUGUGAUUUCUCAGUAAUCUUUAAUGGGUAAUAUUGCUGACUGAGGAGAAUUUGAGGUAGGAUGAAACAUUUCUGUGCAGGGAUUGGGGAGGAAGCACUCAUUUAGAUAUAUAGCAAUGACUUAGGUUUUUCCAAUCAAGCCUAGAGCCAAAUUUGGCUUUGGAAGCAUGUGGUGCUCAGUGGCUAUGCCACAGGGAAGUCUCCUGAAAAGGGCACAUCAGCUUUUGCUCAGUACAGGGAGAACAUUAGCAGGGAGGCAAAGUCUGUUCUCCGUGACAUCAGCAGUCCCUUCGUGGACAUUCUAUUGUCUCCUAGAGAGACCUUGGAAUCCCUGUGAUGUCACCAGUAUCGUUGUGACAACCAAUUCCCUACUUUUUCUCUUAGUGUCCAAAGGAUAUAUCCACAGACAUGUUUGCCCGUCUUCUCAGGCGCUUUGGGAGAGUUGAUGUUGAUAGAGAAGAGUCUAGAGUGAAGCAAACGAAACCUAAAGCGGCCUGCAGACAGACGUCAUCCCCUGAAAAUGUCCUAAACAAGGUGCAGGCCAACGAGGAAGAGGAGAGGCUGAAUAGAGAACUGGAGCUAACUACUAAGGAGAGAAAUGAGCUGACAGAUCGCCUCCUUUAUGUGACAGGUGGAUCCAUGAGAAAGAGCCCCUACUUCAGGCCAAAUCCAUUUUAUGAAAACUUGAAGAUAAAGGAGAAAGAGGUCAUGUCAUUACUGCACAACUUAGACACAAAGAACAUUGAACAUCGUGAGAAAUUUCAGGAGCUCAAGAAGGAGAUUAACUUCUAUCGGUCUCAGGAACUGCAGGAGACAUGGAAUAGGACAGAUCCCAAGAAGACAGCCCCCUGAAGAGUGAGUUUCUCUGUCAGGAGUUCCCUGCUGACGACAAUCCUCAACAGUCAAAGACUUUUUUGGGGAGAAUAUUCUUCUUCUCAGUUAAUUUCCUCAUUGUAUAGAGACCCUAAAUUUAUGUAUCCGUAUGCCAGCCUGUCUCAUUGAGGUCUUUCUCCUCUCUCAUACCGACAACACCAUUUGAGAGACAUCUGAGGGGACUGCCUUGACAUCUCCCUAGAGGAGAAACAGCACUACAACUGUGUUUCUAAAUGUUCAUUAAGAAAAUGCUGUUAAGAAAUAUUUUUGGUUAUGAUUUUCAUUGAAGUUUUCUUUUUGUUAUUUCAUAGUUAUAUAUUCUUGUUACUGUUUUUCAUUUUUUAUACCAUUUUAGUUGUUCAUUUUAUGCCUGUUUUUUGUAAAUUGUAUUCCUUAUGAAUAAAAAUUGAUUUGUAA